AAGAGGGAGAAGCAUGUGUUCGAGGUUUACAUAAACUGUCAACCAUUUAUUAAUGGAUUCCCAUCUGGAGACAAUUUCUGCUGAAAUGUUGCUGUGAAAAUACAACAGAAAUGGCGACGAUAAUGCUAGAAUAUUUGCCACCAACCAUCGUGCUGGCUGGCCAGUCGGAGGUGUUUGUGACGCACGUGGUGGACCCAAGUCACUUCCACUGUCAGCUGAUGGAGUCGUCGUCCAGACUAAAGGAUCUGAUGGAUGAACUACACAUGCACUGUUCUAACUGUAACCUUCAGGAGGAGGCCCUGACCAGCUAUGACCUUGGAAUGCCCUGCCUUGCCCAAUACACCGCUGACAAGGAGUGGUACAGAGUCAUUAUCACAGGUUUGCUUGCCAAUGGCCUUGUGGAGGUGUCGUUUGUGGAUUACGGUAACAACGAGAUUGCAGACAGUAGCAGACUAAGAAAGAUGAAACCUGAGUUUAUGGAACUACCCAUCCAGGCCAUCCAAUGUGGGAUGGCUAACAUUGUCUCACCCCAGGGUUUCUGGUCCCCAGAACACAUAGCCCAGUUUGAAGAUCUCAUUCUGGAGAAGACAUUCACAGCAAAGUUUCUCUCCUUGCUAGAAGGUGACAGUGUGUGCUGCGUAGAGCUGCUGAAUAGUGCAGGCUCAAGCAUCAAUAAAAUGUACGGCAGUAUGACAGCCACAUACAAAAUGGAUGGCGGAAGUAAGUUUGCUGGUGGGGACAACCUCCGUGUAACGGUGACGGAUAGUGAGCAGGGGGGUCAUAGAAGAGAGGCAUUCCGUGACAGAGGUGAGAGGAAAGGUUUCAGUGCUGAGAGGGGACACCCGAGAUCUGUGUAUUCAGAGAGAAAGUUGUCUUCCGGGAGUGAGAGCAGCAGCAGUGGUAGUGUACGUAGACCUCUUGGAGCGGGCUCUGAGCGACCAUCUGGAAGGUUCAGCACCGGGGAUGGGGACAAAGACCACACCCCACGGUCUUCUAACGACCGCAGGUGGAUUGAAGAUAAAGAAGGAAGGAUUAGAAAUGCGUUUUGGGGAGACUCGGGGCCAGGCAGGAGAUGUGGAAAUUACAACAGUCACGACGAUAGGCUUAGCACAGAUUAUGAGGCCCCUGCACGUGCUGGGCCUCGGGGAUCAGGGAAAACCUGGGCAAGUGGUUUUGAGAAAUCUAACAGUGACAGAGGUUCAGCUCAGGUGACAGACAUGGAUAACAUGUUCAAGUCCAUGAUGGUGAGUCUGGGAGAGAGUUGUGAAGUUUAUGUGAGCUUUGUUAACACGCCUUCAGAGUUCUGGAUCCAGCUGUCUAAAAGUACAGAAGCAGUUGAUGAGCUGAUGGAAAAAAUCAACAUGUUCUAUGGAGCUUUAUCACCCAGUGAGAAUCGCCUACGAAGUGUUAGUGAAGGAAUGCCCUGUGUGGCGCAAUACCCAGAGGACGAGAGGUGGUACAGGGCGGUCAUCAGACAAUAUGCCGGCGAGAACUGUGAGGUGCAGUUUGUGGACUAUGGAAACUCGGAUUUUGUGACAACAACUGGCUUAAGGAGUGUUGCUCCAGAUUUCUUCACACUGCCAGUACAAGCUGUGAAGUGUAGCCUGAACUCUCUGGACACAUCUGGCAGUGACUGGAGUGACAAAGCCAUUGCUAAAUUUGAGGAGUUGACGAUGGACAAACCUUUAACUUGUAAGUUUGUCUGCUGUGGUAAAGGAGGGGCCACUAAUGUGUCUCUAACAGAUCCAGCUAAUGGUGCAGAUGUAACUCAGACAUUGCUCCAAGCUGGACUGGCGCAGAAGACGCAAGUGCCUGGCCAAAGAACUACAGCAAGAUCUCCCCCGAAGAACACAGCAGCUCCUCCACCAGCAGGGAAUUUCAAAGAGCAGCUAAUCAGGAAUGAACAGAAAGCAAAUGUCGUAGUGUCAUGGAUGACAAACCCGGAGAACUUCUGGUGUCAGUUGGUUUCCCAGCAACAGCAAAUUAUUAAGCUCAACAAAAGCUUACAGUUGCAGUAUGAGAAAUCUAGGUGCAGAGGUAUACCACCGAAUUCGGUGAGAAAAGACAUGCCUGUCAUUGCAAAGUUUUCAGAGGAUGGUUGCUGGUAUCGAGGAAGAGUUGUGGAAGUUUCCUCAUCAAAAGCUCAAGUUUUGUUUGUGGAUUAUGGUAACACGGAAACUGUAGCCUGUACUGGACUUCAGUACCCUCAAGAAAGCACCAUGAAAAUACCUUUGUUAGCUGUGAAAUGCAAGUUAAGGCACAUCAAACCUGUUGGGGAUGCCUGGAAUCCUAAAGCUGUGAGUUUGCUAGAAUCUGUUGUGGGAGAUGAAGCUAAUGCUGUUUUCUAUCAGAAGCAAGGAGAUGCUUAUUUGAUUGAGCUUUUUUCUGGGGGCAAAAAUGCUUCCAAAGAGCUUGUGAAAGCAGGCUUGGGUAAAAUCCAUGGAGCGUCACAAGAAACCAUCCCCAGCUUCCCCAAAAUCCAUCUGGUUCAGGUGAACUCAGAAGUCACUGUGUACGUCACUAGCAUAGAUGGUGUGGACAGUUUCUGGUGCCAGCCGUCCUUUGCUGAGACAGUUGAUCUUGAGACGGCGUACGCUGGUCGGACAGACACCUUAGUCAACCCGUCGGUAGGAAUGCCCUGUGCGACCAAGUUCAGUGUGGACGGACUUUGGUACAGAGCAGAGGUUGUUCAAGUCAUGAGCAGUGACUGCAUUGUACACUUUGUGGACUAUGGAAAUGCUGAAGUUGUGAAGAAAUCAGAACUGAAGUGUGUCAAGCCUGAAUUCUUUGAAAUACCUGUGCAAAGUUUCCACUGCAGUUUGAAUGGAAUCCAGGACGAUGGCAGCAUUGAGCUGAAAAAUAAGUUCAAUGAGCUUACCCACGAUAAAGAGCUGAAGGCCAAAAUCACCCACAAAGAAGGUGAGGUGUUUUACCUUGAUCUGUAUGAAUCAGAUUCCUUACUAGUCAAGCAACUCACCCCUCUUUGCUCUGUACAGACGGGAACAGAAACUAUGGAAUUCUUGCCUGUGCCAAACAUGACGGGACAAAGUUUCAAAGCUUAUGUUAGUGCCACUGUCUCGUUGGAGGAGUUUUACAUUCAGCCUGCCGAGUCACAGAGAGAUCUUGACAACAUGACCGAAUUGAUGAAACAGUAUGCAAGUGGACAGGGGAGUCCGUUACAGAGUGCUACAGUAGGUCAGAUUUGUGCUGUGAAAUACACAGAGGACCAGGCCUGGUAUCGAGGGAAGAUUUCUGCUGUGCAUGGGAAAACUGUUCAUGCUGUUUUUGUGGACUAUGGCAACUCUGAAGACAUACCAUUGUCAGACACGAGAAAAAUUGUCACUUCUCUGCUGGAGGUCCCACCAUUGGCGUAUCCUUGUAGACUGGCUCAGGUGAAAGCCCCUGCUGGAGUAUGGACCAGUCAAGCACUGGCCUUUUUUGAGGAAUUGGUUAUGGACAAGGAGCUUGAUUGUAAAUUCAUCACAAAGAAUACUGUAAAGAUGACUGCUCCCAAUGGUGAUGUUGGCAGUUUGUUAGUGGAAGCUGGCCACGCUGAAAGUUUAGAAACUCCAGCUUCUGCCUCAUUGGUUAGGAAAUACCCACCACCCACGUUGCCAAGGGACACCCUGUGUGGAUAUGUCUCAUGCGUGAACAAAUCAGGUCUGUACAUUCAGCCAACGGAAAACACAGAGCAGCUAGACCAGAUGACGGAGGAGUUGCAAAGAUUGUCCGGAAAACUGGAACAGGAACCAGGACUGAACAGUGUGCAACUUAGGCAGGCAUGCUGUGCUAAGUUUUCUGAAGAUGAUAGCUGGUACAGAGGUGAAGUUGUUGAGGUAAAAGGCAAGGAAGUCACAGUCCGAUUUGUAGACUUCGGAAAUUUGGAAGCCUUUGAUGUGGCUGUAUUGAAGAAUAUACCAGAGGCUCUUGCCAAGCAAGCACCACUGGCUUUACAUUGCUUCCCAGAUCCCAAGGCAUCGUUGGCGCUGCCAGAGGUGGAAAAACUUUUGGAUGAUAAACAUGACAAGGAAAUUACCAUAAAACUUCUGACCAAAACAGCUCCGUUCAGUGUGAAGUUAAUAAGUGAAAGUGACUCUGGUCCACAAGAUGAGGAUGCUGGAUCCUCGACUAGAAUAGAAGCUGUCAGUCCUUCCAGUUUACCCAAACCUCGGCUAACUCCAGGCAUCCUUAAGGGUUUUGUUACACAGGUGGAUGCCACAGGACUGGUGUUCGUACAGAAACAUGGUGACGAAGAUCCAUUGACAGAGCUUUCUGAGAAGUUACAGGUGUAUGAUGCAGAUUUUACAGCAGGGAAAUUCCCUCUCAAUGAUGCCAAAGUAGGAAGCAAAUGCUGUGCAAGGUUUUCUGAAGAUGAAGCCUGGUACAGAGCGGAGAUUUUAAAGAUAAGCACGGAUAAAACUACCGUACGGUUCAUUGACUUUGGCAACUGUGACUCGGUUUCAUCUGUUACAGAGCUUAGAGGAAUUCCUGCAGAUUUAACAAGUAUUCCUCCAUUUUGCAUUCAGUUCAGAGCGCAAUCCUUGCUCUCUUCAAAGAAGAUAUCUGAAGUCAUGCAGUUUGUGGAUGGAAAAUGUUUAGAGUUCGAAAUCACGUCCACAGUGGAACCACUUGAUUUGAAGUUGAAAUGUCAAGAUGGCUUACAGCUGAUGAAACUGCUUCAGGGACCUGUGCCAUCUGGUGAGCCUGUAGACAGCACCGGGCUGUUGGAAAACGCUGGACGAUCACAAUCACCAAGCACCAGGCAGUCCUUCCCCAGCACAGUGCUGCCUCAAGACAAGGCUCCGGUAUAUGUGACCGGGGUAGAACGGUCUGGGCAAGUCUUUGUCCAGCUUGCACGGGAUGAAGAAAAACUGAUGUCACUGGCUGACAGAUUGCAGGAGCUAGGAGAAGGCUGCCCUGCGCUGACAACUGCAGCCACCGGGGACUGCUGCUGUGCGAAGUUCUCUCAGGAUGAGAUGUGGUACAGAGCUGAGGUGGUCUCAUCAGACUCAUCCAAAGUGACAGUUCGCUUCCUGGACUAUGGUAAUCUGGAUGAAGUGGAUAGGAGUUCUCUUAAAGCGAUCCCUGAAGAAAUGCUGAAAGAACCAUUCUAUUGUUUAACCUGUAGAUUGAUUGGAUGUAGCGAGCUGAGUGAAGCGGACGUGGCCUACCUCCUAGAACACACCACAGAUAAAACCGUCUAUGUUGAAUUUGCGAAUAAAGAAGAGCCAUACCAGAUCUACCUGACUUCAGAAGAAGGUGAAGAUUUAGGUGUCAAACUAAGAGAGUCUUCCAAGCCAACUGAUGAAGUGCCAGAAAAAGUACAAGAACCAAGCCAGUCGCCGAGUCCGUCGUUCAAGGUGGAAAACCGAACCAGUUACAGAAAGCAGAAUGUACCCAAAGGAAAAAAGACUGCUUAUGUCACCCAUGUAGAUGAUUCGGGGUUGUUCUACAUCCAGCUGGAAGAUGACACUUCCAAGAUCGACGCCUUGUCAGAGAAACUGAUGGACCUGGCAAGCGAAUUGGAACAGGAUAAUGAACCGCUGGAGAAAGUUGAUCCCGGAUCUAUUUGCUGUUGUAAGUUCUCUGAGGACGGACUGUGGUAUCGGGCGUGUGUCAUGGACAAGGCACCCCCCUGGGUCCAUGUCCGUUUUAUCGAUUACGGUAAUGAGGACAGAGUGCUGGAGAAGGAAGUCUACACUCUACCACAGGCAAUACAGUCUCAGCCUCCGUUUGGCUUCGCCUGUUGCCUCCAGGGUAUUCAGCUGACCCCGCACCAGGUUGCUAAGCUACGAGAAAUCACAGAAGGAGAGGCAGUCAGUGUGAUUUUCCUGACUUCCACUGACCCCUACGAAGUGACUAUGACGAACUCUGAGGGGAAACUAAUCCAGACACUGUUGGGACCAGCCAUUGACCAUGUGGCUGCCAUUGUGGACAAGCUAGUGGCAGACAGCUUAGCAGAGUCCUCGGCCAAAGCACAAGAUGUGGCAUUUACUGAACUCCAUUUAAAAUUGGGAAGCCGAGAGGAGAUGUUCGUGAGUCAUUCUGUAUCACCCGAUCAGUUUUGGUGCCAGCCGGCAGCCUCGGAGACUGAGCUAGCUGAGUUGAUGGAUUUCAUUGCUGACUACUGCGGACAACUUACCGAGUCAGAAAGGGGGAUAACUUGCUCCCCUAACCAGCCCUGCCUGGCCCGAUUCACGGAAGACGAGAGCUGGUACAGAGCGAAAGUUGUGUCCACUCAAGCCUCAGGAGUGGAGGUGUUUUUUGUGGAUUAUGGAAACGCAGACAUUGUCCCUGAGGCUGAUCUGGUGUCCAUAAAGCCAGAUUACCUGACUUUGCCAGCCCAAGCUGUACAGUGCAGACUUUUUGCAUGUCCACCAGUUAGUUGGGAUCAUAGUGCUGUGCGUAAGUUUGCUGAAGUGACAGCGGAGAAGAAACUGCUGGCUGAGAUGAUGAGCUGUGAUAAGACAGAGUCAGGUGUGGUGUACACUGUGCUGCUGAGAGACAUGGGCGUGGACCUGAGCACUCAGUUAGCCAUGUCCACAGAGUCGCAGAAACCAGACAGUGGAUUAAGCCAUCUCCUUGCCAGUGAUGCAGAGUCUACGGGGCUGACUGAUUCGCUCAAGGUGCAGGUGUCUGAAUCGCCAUCUCCCUUGUCUGACACCAUGGAAAACACAACUGUGCCCUCAGGGAGCUGCAACACCUCUGCAACCAGCGAUUUGUUCACGCGGAUCCGUGUGAUAGAGGGCUCGCGAUUCGAGGUGACCGUCAGUCAUUCUGAGUCGCCAAGUCACUUCUGGGUCCACCUCAAGGCAAACUCUGACCAGCUUAAGUCCAUGAUGGAUGUUUUCAAUGAAGCCAUGGCAUCUACUCGGCCCGACGACCAACCUCUGGCUGUCACCCAGGCCUGCGCAGCACUGUCUGCAGAAGACGAGGUGUGGUACCGGGGUGAGGUGAGGGAAAUAAACUCUGCCUUGAACUUGAUCGAUGUCUUCUUUGUGGACUACGGAUGCACAGAAUCUGUGGACAAGGUCAAUGUUCGACCCAUACCACCAGAAUUCAUGGCUCUACCCGCCCAGGCUGUAGGAUGUGGCCUCAGUGAGAUUCGAUUCCAGGGCACACUGUGGACAAUGAAAGCCAAAAACCACUUCAAUGAUUUGGUGCUAGACAAGUCAUUAAUAGCCAACAUUGUACAGGUUGGAGAAGAUGGAGACUGUAUUGUCCAGCUGUUAGACAUGGGCAUCUGUGUGGCCCGGAAGAUGAUAGAGGAAGGGUUGGGGGUGAGCACAGACACACGUGUCCCCACUCCACCUCACCUGAAGAAGGUUUUCACGGACUCCCCUUUCAGUGGGCAACCCCUGAAGGAAGAGGCAGAGUCGGCGAGUAACAGUGAUGGAGAUGUAUUUGCCACGCCCACAUCUGUCAAAGGUGGAGGUGGUGUUGAGGACAUUCCCAAGAUCAGGUUGAUUGUGGGCGAGGAGAGGAAGGUUAGCGUUAGUCAUGCUGAUAGUCCGGGACGGUUCUGGUGCCAGCUGACAUCCCCACUCCCACAGUUGGAGGACCUGAUGGCUCGACUCCAGAGCAACUACAGCCAGACUCAGACAUCUACCCCGAUCAUACCCCAGAGCAUGUGGAAGACUGGCCAGCUCUGUGUGGCCAUCUGUAAUGAGGACCAGCAGUACUACAGAGCCAAGAUUGUCUCCCUUUCCGAGGACUCGGCAGAAGUGUUUUAUCUGGAUUACGGCAAUGUGGAAAGCGUGCCUUUGUCGGCAAUCCAGCCUAUCUGUGAAGAUUUGCUGAAUUUACCCGCUCAAGCAGUCCGCUGCUCUCUGGCUAAAGUCAGACCCGAGAGCAUUUCCUGGGAGGAUAACAGCUGUAGUCGGUUCGAGGAGAUGAUCUAUCAGAAGGAACUUGUUGCCAAAGUGGUAGGGUUUGUGGACGACACGGCGUUGGUGAACUUGCGAGACGACACUUUCAGCAUUAAUGACAGCCUCAUCCAAGGUGGUUAUGCUGUGCCAGGUACGGGAGCUGGGCAGGAUCUUAACGAGGCCCUUCUGGAUAGUGUAUGUAACACACUUAAUGCUUUAGAUGAAACUUCUGUCAGCAGAACAGCUCCUAAAAAGAAACUUUCGGAAUUGCCGUCCCCGAUAGCUCGCUCUGAAAGUGGCGAUGGUUGUGAACCUGAUUUGAAGGACUUCACGUGUGAUGGUAUCCAGUUCAAUUUGACGGAUUAUUUGAACUUGGAUUUAGAGGAAGGAAGUGAGUUACAGGUGUAUGUCUGUAACAUUACAGACCCAGGGAACUUCGGUCUACAGCCUGUGUGUCGCAGUGCUGAUCUAGAAAGCUUGAUGGCUGACAUAGCUGAGCACGUCUGCACCGAUGUAACUCUCACCAGCUCUGAUGAGCUCACGAUUGGCUUCCUCUGCUUGGCACAGUUCUCUGAUGAUGAUGCUUGGUACAGGGCCAAGAUCACAGAUAUAGAAGAUGAUCAGUACCAGGUGUUGUAUGUGGACUUUGGAAACAGUGAGUGGAGGCCGGAGUCAAAGAUCCGUGCCCUCCCAGAAACAAUGUUAAGUCUGCCUGUACAAUACAUCCCGUGCUGUCUGGCUGACAUCUGGUCAGAUGGGGACAACUGGUUAGCUGAUACAACAGCCUUCUUUAGAGAUAUGUGUGAGGAUAAGACCCUGAAAGCUCGCAUCGGUAAGAAAGAGAACGGGCUGUACCACGUGUACUUGUUUGACGAGGAGGACCACACGGGCUGGUCAUUGAACAGGUACCUGCUGUCUAAAGGGGUUCAGCUGAUUCCUGGUUCCGAGCUGGACAUUGAGCUGGAGAUGGAGGACAGUCUGCAGCCUGAUCUGGAGGGAUCAUUCCAUGAUAUGUCCAUCACAAAGGAAAGUUCAUUCUAUGACUGUGAAAAUGGUUUAGCAGUUAAUGAUUGUGCAGAGGCUGAUCAAAAUCUGGAAGAAACCAAAGAGAUUUCAGCCACGGAGUCAGAGCAGCCAUAGAAUUGGGCCAA